AUGGUUCGACCUUCCGCUUCAAAUGGCCAUAAGUUCAUACCAGUGGUGAUAGACUACUUCACCAAAUGGGUCGAAGCUGAAUCUUACAAGACUUUGACAACGGUUCAGGUUGCUCAAUUCAUCCGAAAGAAUAUCAACUAUCGGUAUAGUCUCCCACAGGCAUUUGUGUCAAAUAAUGGGACUCAUUUCAAGGGCAAGGUUUUGGAACUCUUCGAGGAGUUCAAGAUCCAGAUCCAUCAUUCAAUAGUCUAUCGGCCACAAACAAAUGGAUUAGUCGAGGCUGCAAACAAGAAUGUCGAUGUCACACCCCAUCCCGGAAAACACCACUCUAAAUUAUUUUCCAAAUGGGAUGGACCCACACCUUGGCCCUGCUCAAAUAGUAAAUAA